UUAAUCUUUUCACAAGGCUGUUUGCACAAAUGGGGCCGACAAAUGAAGCCUGCAUGGACAGUCACGAGGCAAUCCUGUCAUCGGCCACAGCAUUUCGUCAUGCGUGCUUGCAAGGGCGCUGGGGGGAUGCUCAAAGUGCAGCGGUUUCGUUGGCAGUUGCAGCUGCAGACGCUUCCAAUCACUAUAGACACUCAGUGCUAGAACGCGAAGGUUCAUCAUCAGUGCAAGCUGAUGCCCUUUGGGUUGCUGCCUCGUCGGCCAGAGCAGGGUUAUUGAAAAUGCUGGCGGCAUUUUCUGCACGUGUGGCGCGGGGCCCUUCGCAAGAACUAGCUCUUGCAACUGCUGCAGCAUGCACAGCCAUGUUGCCGGAGGUAUGGCCUCCAGGAGCUGCGGAUGACUUGCUAAGCAUGUCUGGUGUACUCGGGCUGCUGCUACGAGCUGCUGCAGUCAGCCGCACUAUACCAGGCUUGGGAGGCUUUGCGACGCUUCGAGCCUGCCGAGCAGCUUCUGAGUUGCUGGCUGCUUUGUUGGAAGCAUCUGUGCCUGACUUGCGCCAGUCUUGUGAGGCUUCACUUCUGCGGGACUCGUCUUUGACAGCUUCAAUGCAAUCCCUUUCCGAAGCUUUGCUUGGGCUCCACCCAGAUCCCCGACUAAAUGAGGCUUUCUUGGAGUUACUUUGGCGUGGUUUGCGGCGUGUGGCGCCCGGAGCUGCUUUGUCAUCUUUGGCAUCAGCGCACCCGGCUUUGAUUUGUCUUGAAGAGCGCCAGUCUGGUCUUUGUUCAAAGCUGCAACAGCUGUCUCCGGAUCAAUUGCUGGCAGAUGCAAGGGGCCUUGCCCUUGACAUGUGUGCUUCGCCUCCAGUUGCUCUCACUUUUGUGGCUAAGGGGCAGUACGAAGGUGAGAUGGGGACUGCAGUCUUGACGUCACAUUGCAUUGGAUUGCACCAAGAAAGCGAAGUGGAGCCAUACCUGGAGCUUCCGUGGGAGUGUUUCCAACUCUUGGAUUUGCGGUCGCAGGCAGACAGUGAUCCUGCUGCCUCCUUCACAGAGAGGUUUGAGGUGCAGGCAGUGCUUUCUUUGGAUGUCGUCCGACUUCUAGAGCUUGGCUGUGUGUGUGCAGAGGAGGCUCCUUCCGCAACGCUUGAACUCUCGUUAGACGGGCCGUUGGAAGAGGUGCGCGAGACCUUGAACCACUACAUUAACGUUGGCAGGUCUUCUGCAACUGCUGUGAAAGCAGGGAAGAUCAUCGAGGAUCCCAUUCUGGUGCAGGAGUCGCCAAAGGCAGCUAUUGAACGGAGGGUGCGCCCGAAAGACUCGAAAGAGACGCGAGGGAGGACAUCCGAGCUCAUAGCCUCGGAGGAAUCGGAGCUGCAUCAGCCAAGGAUAGAAAGGCCACGCAGAACUGCCGCAGUGAAGACAGCAGCAAAAUCACAAGUGAAGCCAGGCCUCAAGCAUUGUCUCUCCAAGCCCGAGACCAAGAAGGUUGAGCCUUCAAGACCACCUCAAGACGCAGUCCAGAGGGUUUUGGAGGAAGCGUCCAGGCUAGCAAAGGAGGUCGCCGAUGUCCAGAGACAAUUUCGCCAGAGCCAAUUGGCUGUGGAUGCACGUGGUAGUGAGGCUACAGCUUUCUUGGACGAUAUUGCGCAGGCUGGGGCGAAGCGCAGCCGAGUCGCCUGAGGGUGGAAUCCAGUGCGCUUUACAACGAAUUCAUUACUAUAUUACUGGCACGAUUUUGCAGGGUUGAGAUGGC